ACACAAGACUCCCGAAUCUACCGUCUCGACAACGACAAAGCACCCAAGAGACCGCUUGGUGCUGGCCCUCGCCACGAAGCCAAUUGCUCGAGCCGGUUGGGAUUGAAUGCGGAGGAGCAUAAUACUGGAGACAAGAUGAAUCGAUUACGGCUUGAGAGAUGGUGCGGCCAGGUGCUGUCCGCACGGCCGACACGGGCCUGUCACGCUCAUCUCUCCAUCUCACGCCCAUGUGCUGCUCGCAGCCUGAACGUUAGAUAUCAAUCCAAUUCCGCUGCAACAGACGCUUCAUCAUCUGAAGCACCGUCUGCACCAGCCGCCACAGCUGCCGCUGCCGCUGCUACUGCUGCUGCUACUGCAGCACCUUCGCUCUCAUCAUCCCAACCCUCCGCAACAUCUCCUGCAGAGCCUGCAACUUCUUCUUCCUCUUCAUUCUCCUCGCCCUCGCCUUCAUCCGAACCCAUCUCAUCCUUACCACCAUCGUCCGCCGAGCAAGACAUCGUAUACGACUACGAGACACUUACGCAAUAUCCGUCUCCUCCACCCGAACUCGCACGCUCCUCGGCCAAGCUCGCCGCGCUGCACGCUCGACUCGGGCUCCCCGAACGCUUCCCGCUGGAGACGCUGGCACGCGCGCUCGUCGACCCGAGCGCGGAUCCCGCUCCACGAUUCAACAACGGCUCGCUGCGAACCCUCGGAAACAAUCUCCUGGGCUACUAUGCCGCCGAGCACCUGGUGUGCAAGUAUCCACGGUUACCCCUGACGGUACUUUUCCAAGCCGUGUACGCAUACAUUGGGCCCAAGGCGCUCUCACAAGUGCGGCACGAAUGGGGUAUCGAGCUGGCCGCCGAGCCCGGCGGCGAAGUCGACCCCGGCCUUCUCCAAUUCGCCCGUCUGACUCCCGGCGAGACCCCCGCCGAGGGCACCAGCGGACGCCCCAACGAAGAGAUGGGCUGGCGACGGGGCAUGAGCUCCCGCGUCGUGUACGACAACAUGUACGGCGAGCCCAAGACGGAGAUGGAAGCCUCUGAGCGACCCGAACUCGCACCGGGCGUCACGGUCGAGGACAAGCGCGGCGAGACCGCCGAGCACGCCGGCGCCAACUGCGUCCGCGCCAUUUUCGGCGGCCUCUACCUCCACGCUGGCCGCCCUGCCGCCAAGAAGUUCUUCCACGACCAUUUCCUGAGCCGCCAGCUCGACAUUGCCGCCUUGUUCCAGUUCAACCAACCGACCCGCGACCUCAGCCGCUUGUGUGCCCGUGAGGGCUUCGAGCCCCUCAUUGCUCGCCUGCUCAGCGAGACCGGUCGCCACAGUCGCCACCCGGUCUUCGUGGUCGGCGUCUACUCCGGCAAGGACAAGCUCGGCGAAGGCAUCGGCGGCAGUCUCGACGAGGCCCGUAUCCGCGCUGCCAUCUCCUCGCUCAAGGGCUGGUAUUUGUACAGUCCCAUGGACACCCGCGUGCCCAGUGAUGUCGAGGGCCAAGAUGGCGCUUCUGUUUCCUGGAAGCCCGUGUAUGUUGACGGAGGCGAGGUUGUGGUUUAAAGUGUCGUUUGUCUUUUUGAACCAGGUCAUCGUGUAUAGGCAAUUUUCUUUUUUUUUUCCUUUUUUUUUUUCAUUCCAUGUGGUGGUUAUUUUAGAUCAAAUCGGCUUCUUUGGAGCUUCACCCUUUACCUUACCUGCUCCAACUCUCCACGGUCCACCGCCGCCGCUGCCGCCGCCGUCGACAACAACAACAACAUGCAAGCCAGAAUAUGGGAUAGAAUUUAUUUGAUUUUUGAGUAUGAUGACCAUACUUCUUCUCAAAAAUUUUUAUCUCUUCUCAAAGUGUCCUUUUCCUUUUUCCCUUUAUUUCUAUAUCUUUUCCCUUGAACCGCCACAAGCUCUCCCACUUUACACUGUUCAUCUUUUUCCUUUUCUCAUCUUGUAUAAUCAAAAUUUAAAGCAUCUUGGGGGAAAAU